AAAAAACAAAAAAUUAAAUAAAAAUAAAUUAAAAAGCCCAAGUCGGUCGUAGUGGUGCACAAUUAUAAUCCAAGCACUCAGAAGGCAGGCAGACAUUUCAGGGGCUCAAGACCAUUUUCUGCUAUCAAGUUCCAGACUGGCCUCUGCUACAUAAAAUUCUGAAAAAUAAAUAAAUAAAUAUGAAAAAAACAAGAAAAGCUGAAUAAAUGGGAACACGAAAACUUUCAGAACUUUCACUUUCCAAAGGUGGCUUAGUCUCCCACCCUAGGAACUGUAGUCUCCCCAAACCUGCAAUGCUUACCUUAUUUAACAGCUACUUUAGAAUAUAUUUCAAAUGUUGAGAUUUCUACACAAACAAGUAAUAAGCGACAACAUUAAGAAACCAAUUUCUUUAGUGAAAUUUAAAUUCCAUAUGACGAUUUCAGCAGCCUUCCAACCUUCGACCCUGCAGAAGAGAGAUGUUUCCCUUUCCAAGGCUGCCCCUUCUGCUACCCGGACCUCACAACCUCCUCCGCCAACCAGAGACCUCUAAGUAGUUUCAGAGUUUGAGUGGACAGAGGGGCAGAGGAAAAACCAUCAAAGCGAUGUCAUUAGUGACUCCGAGAUGGGUUACCAAGUCGACUAUCAGACGUUACUAACGCAGUUUUAGUCCCUAUAGUACAGACGCUCCCUAAACUAAGUCCAACCUACAAGUCACUUCACGGGCUCUCACAGGGACCUUGCUGCCUUCCGCGCUGUUACCGUGAAGGACGUGAGCCGUUCCCAGAAUUUGAGAACUCAUUGGAUGGUCGUAGCGUCACUUAUAGUGACGUCACAGGGCGAGGCGCAGGAGGCGGGACCAUGGAGACUGGGCUUCCGGCCCCUCUAGCUUGGGUGCGGGGAGGAAUUGGGAAGAUAAAGAUGUCUUUCUCCUUUUAACCGUCGCAGCAGAUUACUAGACACUAUUGACCAGAAAUAAAAAAGCCUUUGGAGGCCAUGUCGUCUUCGCGAGCACCUUCUUAGAACCAACCCUUUUCUGUGUUUUGGGAUCGCAAAUGUACCGUUUUUACAUCCAGAGCUACUACCAUGACUGUUGGAAAUGAGCUUGAAGGAACUUUUGCACUUUGAAUGCUCAAAUUUCCACUUGCAUUAGUUUAACAAAACUAAAUUCUGCUGUUUAAUUGAUGCCUUUUUAAAAUACUAAAUUAUUUACUUCUUUUGCCUAGGUCUCUUUGUUGGCUAGUUAAAACAAAAAAUAAAUAUGGCCUUCUACAGUUAUAAUUCAUUCUUAGCUAUGUUGUGGACAAGAUUGCCCAGCCAUUUUGUCUAUCCUUCCUGCUCCCACUCCCCAUCACUUGCGUUUCUCCACUUGCCAGAUUCUCAUUUCCGUACGACCUACGGAAGCAGGAAGUACUCCUGUCCCAGUCUACCAAGUACUCACGUCCACCCUUUACGAACUAGACUCACACAAAAACUACACACAACGUGCUGGCUACAGAAUAUCCCUAGUAAACCUCAGCCGGAGCAAACCCCAGGAAAACCUAAGCCAGCAAGCCCUCAGCCUCCCAGAGAAGCGGAGAGAGAGACUGCACAAGAAAGGCAAUCUUUUAGACAAAAAAUCAUGCACGAACUCAAAUAUUAUUACAAUGGAUUCUACUUACUUUGGAUCGACACCAAAGUUGCUGCCAGAAUAGUUUGGAGGCUACUGCAUGGACAGGCGCUAACGAGACGAGAGAGGCGAAGGCUUUUGAGAACGUGCGCUGAUGUCUUCCGCUUGGUUCCGUUUAUGGUGUUCAUAAUUGUACCUUUUAUGGAGUUCCUGAUACCAGUGUUUCUGAAGCUCUUCCCAGACAUGUUGCCGUCAACUUUCGAAAGUGAAUCCAAAAAGGAAGAAAAACAAAGAAAGAAGAUGGCCGCAAAACUGGAACUAGCAAAAUUCCUUCAAGAGACAAUGACAGAAAUGGCAAAGAGAAACCGAGCCAAGUUGGGAGAUGCCUCUUCCCAGCUUUUCUCCUAUGUAAAACAGGUCCAGACAGGCCACAAGCCCAGCACGAAGGAGAUUGCUCGCUUCUCUAAGCUCUUCGAGGAUCAGUUACCCCUGGAGCACUUGGAUCGACCCCAGCUGGUCGCCCUGUGCAAGCUGCUGGAGCUGCAGACCUUCGGAACCAACAAUCUGCUCCGCUUCCAGCUCCUGAUGACACUGAAGUCUAUAAAAGCAGAUGACGAAAUAAUCGCCACAGAAGGGGUGAAGGCUCUGAGUGUGUCAGAGCUCCAGUCUGCCUGCCGGGCCCGAGGGAUGCGAUCACUGGGCCUCACAGAGGAGCAACUGCGGCAGCAACUCACAGAGUGGCUGGACCUCCACCUGAAGGAGAACGUGCCCCCUUCUCUUUUGCUCCUGUCACGUACCUUCUACCUGAUAGAUGUGAAGCCAAAGCCUAUUGAACUGCCACCAGAUAUAGAGGCCCCAAAGCCAAACCUUGUCGUGACGUCAUCCACUUCCCCUGAGUCACAAGAGAAUGUUGUAGAUCCUGCGCCUCAACUAAAGGGAACUAAGGAUGAAGAAUUUGCGCAACUGCCCCCAGAAGCAUCUCCACACAUAACACCAUCAACAGCCAUUUCCAAAGAAGCAUCCUGUUUUGUACCUAGAUUCUCCAGGCCAAAGCCCAGAAGACCUCACAGAACAGCAAGGCCGAUUCAAAAGGAGCCUAAGGACCCCUUGGAGCCGGGACUCACUCUCUCCAGCCACUGUUCCCUCAGCAGUGACAUCCGUGAAGGAAUUCUAGCUAAGCCUGUCUGGCGUGAGAUAAAGGAUCAGCCAUUAAGUCGUUGGAGGCCCCGUGACCACUCCAGAUGCGCGAGCAGUGACACCAGGCCACUUAGAGAAGCUAUUUCUGUUGUAUAAUUGUCGUCCUACCAGACUUAGCAUAAAACCCACUCCCACAUGUU